CGAAUUGUCGCACCCGUGCAUCAUACAACUUUGACUAACCGAGAUACAACAAUUCAUUGUUUGUUGCUGCUGUCGCGUCAACUGACAGUAUCUACUACAUCUCCAGCUAUAUAUAAUCAGCACUUCCAUCGCCAUCCAUUUUGUAACUUUCGACGCGUCUUUCAUAGAGCAACCCCAUCACCAUGCCUCCAGAUAUAGAUCCUAUGUUGCAGGACACCAUCUCUGAAGUGCAGGAGGAUGCUGUCGACGUGCCACAGUAUCCAAUGCCCGCUCCCGAUGCGCAGAACGGUGCACAAUACGAAGACUCACAUGUAGACCAGCAGGAACCGCAAGACCAACCACAAGACCAACCACAAGACCAACCACAAGACCAACCACAAGACCAACAAGACCAACAAGACCAACCGCAAGAGACUGAAUCUACCGGGCCCUUGCAAGAUGCUCGCUCGACAUUUACGAGCGCCGAAGAAUUGCGUAUUGCAGCUCAACUUGGCGCAGGUCUCAGUCAAGGCAUGCCUACGCUUGAUUCUCACGAGGAGGCCAAUCUUCGAAAUGCUAUAGCCAAUGCCCAUUCCGAACCUGACGAAUCAGAACCUCAGCAACCAGACGACCAGUUGCAACAGGAACAAAUGCAGCAUGACCAUAUGCAACAAGAUCAGAUGCAACAGGAUCAAAUACACCAAGACCAAAUACAGCAGGAUCAAAUGCGUCAGGACCAGAUACCACAACAUAAUGGCCAUGAAAGUCAUGUUUUGGAACAAGAACCCCAAAAACAAGAGAGCUUGGCCAAUAAUCACCAGCCCCUGCACCCAGAGCAACCCACCAUCCCACAUAAUCAACAGCCAGGCCAUGAAUAUAUCCCUCAAGAGCAUUACCAGCAUGAGCAUCAACAAAUCUCUUUACCUCACCAACCACAACAUCUCCAGCAACAGCCCCCUCAUUUGCAGCCGCAGGGUACGCCAGAGCAGCUAGCUCAGCAUUACGCCGUCCACGCCGCAGCUUUCCCAGACCAUAACAUCCCGCCCAGGAAACGUUCCAAGGUAUCUCGCGCUUGUGAUGAAUGUCGUAGAAAAAAGGUGAAAUGCGAUGCUGUUUCGGAAAAUGGCGAGGAGCCCUGCUCCAACUGCCGUCGCUCUUCAAUUCGCUGUCUCUUUAGCAGAAUUCCUCAAAAACGUGGCCCUAGCAAAGGGUAUAUCAAAGAGCUUGCGGAUCGAAUACACCACAUCGAGGGAAAGCUAGCAAGCGAAGGAGGCAACGUGGAUGGUCUUGCGGAACUCCUAACUACUGCUAGGAGAGACUCGGGUGACAUAUUCAAUUCCUCUGGUCUGCCAGAGGAUAAUAGUCGAAAGAGGCCCUAUUCAAGCAUAUCUGGCGGGGACUUUGCAACACCUAACAGUUCGCGCCAGGCAACAUGGAGCUCCGAACCCCGAGCUAUUCAGCCUUAUCAAACUCCGGCUAGCACCUUAAAACCACCUCCUUAUUCCGCUAAUGGGUUGGCACCCCAACCUCUCCCUAGGACCGAGCCAGACACGCCAUCUCGCCCAGCUACAACCAAUACUCUCGAGUCAGAGCCAGUGCCACUCGAUCUUAAUACCAAUGGCUCAACUCGUGAGCUAAACGACGACGCCUUCAGUGGCUACCUUAAUGUCGUCCACACGUGCUUCCCCUUACUUGCCGCAAGCAAAGCAGCCGUCGAAGGACAACUAGCACAAUGUCCACCUGUACUUCGGGAUGCAUUUGUUGAAGCGCUCUAUGGUAGUAUGCAGUCAUUUGUAUCUAUCCCUGGUUUAUAUACCAAUGGCGAUAUUGGUUCUGCUGCACGGCUACUUGCAGAUUGGGAAUCCGACUCCACUCCGAGGACGCCGAUCAUGAAUCUCGUGCAUCUCCAAUCCCUCAUAUUGACGGCUAUUGCCACGGACAAUUAUGGCCCAUCCUCAUUAAAAGGUGAGCACGGAGGCCCUUCUAAAGCCUCCGUGUUGGGACGUGCCGUUGGCUUAGCUUAUUCGAUGAGACUACACGUUUCUAGCCAGGAGACGACCGUAGAUGGACAACUGGAACCCGAUUCGAUCGAGAAUAUGGCCAUUCGAGCUUGGUGGACAUUGGUCAUGUUGGAUCGAUGGAAUGCGAUCGCGACUGCAAGCCCCUUAUUCAUACCAAACGACAGUGUAGUCAUACUUCCCAGCUUAAACUCGGUCCUGGGAGAGCAUGUAUACCAUUUAGCGCGUCUGUCGAACAUCCUGGGCCAUUUUGCGCCAGUCUCCUUGGCCCCCCCUAAAGCUCUCUCCCCUGACUCGGGUGCUGCCCCGAUAUUGAGUUCCUUCUUCAAUCUAUCUAUCGAACUCUUCCGGGAGAUUCUUCCCCAGAGCAUCACACCAUCAAGUCACCCAAUAAUACACAUGGUCUACUGGCAUAGCAGAUUAUUGGCUUAUCUGUUUCAGACCAAUGCAAAGUCUACCGAUAUCCUAUGGCCUUGCAAGGAGACGGUAGAGCUCUUGCUCACGAACACGCAACUACUGAGUCCACUCAAUCAUCACUUCUUUUGCCUAGUCGCGUUAGUAUUGAUCGAGCUCGUCAAGGUUGAAAAGACACGCGAUGAAGUCAUCUUACUUUUGAAGCAACUUUUGGACUCGAAUCUGGCGCCGUCGACUUGGGAUGCGGUAAUAAGGGAUCGUAUUGCAGAGCACGUUCGACCUUCCACUGCUCAGACUGCUGCUGCAAACCAGAGCCUACAGCAUCUUGCUGAUUUAGCCACGGCAUCGGAAACCAAUGUUGCCAAGCCAGAAAAGGGUGCAGAUUCGGUAUCACUUAGAACAAGUGAUAAUUAUAGCGAUGCUGGAUUUGAUCCCUCAAUACUCACUCGAGGUGGUUACUUGAAUGUUCUGGCCAACGGGCAGUCAUCAACAAUACGAUAGCCUCUCCUAGAACAACCAAAGUAUACAAAUGACAAUAGUCUACAUCAUGGUGCAUUGUUUUCUGACCUCUUGCGAAUGUUGAUGUAUGC